AUGCAUUUCGAAGCGCAAAAAACCACCCAGCUGGAAAGUCCAACACACCGGCAUUGAUCAAUCAACAGCUAAACAUGCGGGCGGAAAAUUGCCGGCUGCGGAUCAAUAGUUUUCCUUCACUUUUCCAGGCCAGGAUUUGGCUACGGUCUUCCACAAGCCAGUUAAGUAAUGCAACAGCCCUGGUAUUCUGUUGUUUAGGCCGUGUCCAUGGCAAUCGUGCCAGGUUGCGAUGCGACGUGGGAUUUCCGAGCGGCCUGUGACCUUACAGGGGCCAUCCAACUAGUUCUCAGAUUGUAAUGAGUGGAUUUUUUGCAAGGUUYCUUAUGCGGUUGAGUCCAAGUUUUGAUUAUUGUUCGAAGUCAAGAUCAGCAAGGCACUGAAGCACAUAGAGAUACAAUAAGGAAUGCAGUCAUUUGGAAAACUUUCCAAUGUUUCAAAGACUUGAAACUUUGGUCAAAAAUCGAGCAAAUGGGACUUCCCAGGCAAAAACAACGUUCAAKGCAAUUCAAGGAACACCUUCAAAUCUCUGGAACCAAAUAUGCAACAGCCCUGGUAUUCUGUUGUUUUGGCCGUUUCCAUGGCGAUCGUGCUAGUUUGCCAUGCAAGCUCCACCCUCCGAGCUGGCUCCAAUCUUACAGGGGUCAUCCAACUAGUUCUACAAUUUCCGAGGGAAUCUUGCCGCACUCCUGCCCUGUCCGCAGGCCCAUAGUAACAGCACAAGCAAACUUAUGAAAGUCUGAAUCAAUGGCCAACAUGUACGACCACGAUUCGGCAGUUUACAAAAACAAUUGUCUGACGGCCGCCAAAAAGAUCGCCCAACCCGUGCAGUUCGAUCAGAAGUUCCUGCAUGAGCUGCACAAUGAAGUCACCAGCAAACUGAACAGGAAACUCAAAGCCAAUCUGCAGGAAACAACGAGCGUUGGAGACAUGAAGACAUUCCUCGACUUCGUCGAGAGCAUUCCGGAAUACCAGGAUAUCAAUCACUUGUCCAACAAGGAGUUUUACAGAAAACUGGACACUCUCAAGGAAAAGCAGCGGGAGUUUUGCGAGUAUGUGAACAGGAAAAUCCAGCUGGAAACCCAGACUAGUUGGGUCGAAGACUACAAAACCCGGGACCUGAACAGAGGUGAAAACCCCCAUAAAACUCGUCUGAGAGAUGAAGAAAGCGCUUCGCUAUCAGACAAGGAUUUGGCACUUCUCAAACCCCCAUCCAGACGGUCGGUGCGCAUCCCCAUCCUCAAAUCCUCCCCAGAGCCUGAUCCAACAGAAAAAUCACCCCUGGAGAGCUUCAGCAACACGCCGCUGCCUUUUGAGACGAAAAGUGCCCCCAACACCCCGUUGAGAACCCGGAAAAAUGUGGAUGGAAUCACCAUCCCCAGACCGUUCCAGAUGACCGUCAGAGACGAAGAAAAUAAGAUAGUGGACGAGUUGUUCCUGCAAGUGCAGAAACCAUCCAAGCAGGACAAGGCGCAAAUGUUCAGGGCUCAUGAGGUGCCCAUCGAGUCGCAAAUUCCUCUUUUCGAUAAAAUCAUGGAAGAUCAGCAAAGACGAAGUGAGCAAUUGAAGCAGAAGAGAAAGGCCGACUUGCAGGCCCAGAUGAGGCCCUUUUCGUUCACCAGACGCGACGAAGAAAUGCAGGAAUUGACCAGGAAGUUCUCCAAAUCGCUUCCCUGCGUCUACAACGAUGAGCUUCCAGUCAAAGCGAAAAAAUUCAAAGCAAAACCCAUUCCGAGGAACCUCUUCAGCAACUACAUCUACAAGAAAAUGCACGAAGAUGAGUUUUACAGAGCUUUGCAGAAGAAGAUCCGGGCUGAGGAGAUGUUGAAGCAUGCGUCUUUACCGCCUUCGAUGGCUAAACGCGAGAAAUCUCGGCCGAAAAUCGAUGUCUGUCCCAGAUCAUACCGAGACCUCGAAACUCCGGACAACAGCACUCAAUCAACCAAAAAGACCAGAAAAGUUCCCAACUUCAAGGCCUACCACGAUAAGUACGAAAGAGAACUGGAGGAACUGAAAAAUGAGUUCAUUUCAACCAGCCCCAGGCCCUUCAAGCUGAAGAGCACCAAAAAGGGCAGGAAGGGAUACUCGAGAAUCUCUUCAGCAUCCAACUCGGACACAAGAACGGCUUCUUCGUGGGACAUGUCUUCGAUCAACCGCUCCAACUUGGCUGCAGUGUUGCGCAUCCAGUCAGCCAAGAAGCGCAUGGAAAUGGAGAUGACCAGGAGGCUGGAGGAGGCCAAGCUGAAGGAGGAGGCGCGCUGGCGAGAAAAGUUGAUGAGGAAAAAACCGGUGUGGCAGACGUUGGCUUACAGCCACGAAGAAGACCUGUCCGUGAGGCUGCAGCUCAGGAGGGACGAAGAAAGGCUGCGAAACGAAGAACACAGGCUGAGGAUGGAGCUGAUGCUUGGCAGGGUGAACCAGCAGCCCACGCUCUUUGAAAGACAGUCCCAAAUUAAAUUUCCCAAAACCAAGAAGGAAAUAAUCGAGCAGCUUCACUGCGAGCACAAGAUAAGAAAAGCGGAGUCCAGCCAGCGCUCAAGUGAAGAGCUUGAGGAAACAGUGGAGGCCAAUGCGAGCAGCGGGAAGUCAGAAGUUGAGGAUGGAGGCCAGUAUUUAUGCGCUAGUACCUAAACUUUGAAUUUAUUCAUAUAUGUAUUAUUCCAUAAAGGAAGUCAGGAUUUUUUGCCACAGAAUGAACCUCUUGGCAUAUGGUAAAGGUUCAAGAAAAAGACAAACUAAACACAAAAAUGUAUUAACCUUAA